CUGUCGCUUUAAGAGAUGAUGUAAUCAGUUAAGUUUGUUUAGCUCUCCAGCUGAUCAGCCAGAGCCGACAGACUGAGCAGCAGAGACGCUCGGAUGAUGGAGUUUUUCAUAGGAAACCCGUUUUCUACACCCGUGGGUCAGCUUAUAGAACAUGCCACCAGUUCUUCUCUCCCGUCUGAAGACUGGGGCCUCAACAUGGAGAUCUGUGACUUUGUCAAUGAAACAGAUGAAGGACCUAAAGAUGCAGUCAGAGCAAUAAAGAAGAGGAUACUGGGAAAUAAGAAUUUCAAAGAGGUUAUGCUGGCUCUGAGUGUGUUGGAGGCCUGUGUGAAGAACUGCGGGCACAAAUUCCACAUCUACGUGUCCACCAGAGAUUUUGUGGAAAGCGUUUUGGUCCAAACGAUCCUGCCUAAAAACAACGCCCCAGUGUUUCUUCAGGACAGAGUCUUGAGCAUGAUACAGGCGUGGUCCGAUGCCUUUCGUAGUUCUCCAGACUUGACGGGUGUCGUGACCGUCUAUGAGGAUCUCCGGAGAAAAGGCGUGGAGUUUCCCAUGACUGAACUGAAUGGCUGUUCCCCUAUUCACACUCCCAACAGGACCAUUGAGUCUGCGUCGCCGGUAACAGCUUGCACAGAAAGUCACUCGGUCAAAUCCUUCCAGUCACAGAAUACAGAGACGCCCGUCACGCUGUCACCUCAACAGAUGAAGACACUGAAGACCGAACUGAAGGUGGUGCAUAAUAAUAUGUCUGUGAUGUCAGACAUGAUGAGUCAGAUGCAGCCUGCGAGUCUCGAGCCAUCGGACACAGAGCUACUACAGCAGCUCUACUCCAUGACCAAAGAUAUGCAGGGCCGGAUGGUGGAGCUCAUACCCAGACUGAGCGAUGAGAAGCUUAUAGAGCAGUUACUCAGUGCCAACGACGACGUUAACACCACGUUUGCACACUAUCACAGAUUUGAAAGACAUCUCAACAAACAGAGCAGUGCACUAUCUAAUCCAGCGAACACAGACCUCACUGACUUGGGUACUGCCAACCACAUAAAGGCAACAAAUGGUGCUCAUAGCACAGUCAGCCAAUCCACCGUCACCACACUGUCCAAUCAGAUGGCAGGAUUGAGCACAAAAGCUGAUGACUUAAAACAAAAUAAAAGCAGCUCAUCACAAAAAAGUCCAGAAAGCUCUGCAGCUCUUGAGGGACUUGCAGCCACUCAAAGAGAGCGACAGGACCCUGGAGGGGAUGUCAGCCUAGACUCCGACUCCUUCAGCAGCUCGCCUCAGUUUCAUUGGAUGCUUGAAAAGGGAAUGAUUCCUGUCAGUCAGAGUGAAGUGAUGGACGACAUUGAACGAUGGCUGGACGGAGAUGAUGAAGAUGACUCUGAAGGAGUGACUAGUGAAGAGUUCGAUAAGUUUUUAGCGGAGAGGGCGAAAGCAGCGGAGCGUCUUCCCUCAGUAAAAGCAUCACACCAAGACCCCGGCCGUUCUCAACUGUAGUUUGAUUUUCUCUACAAAACCCAGUUCAUAACUUCCAGUUCAUACCCUGAGCUCACUUCUCAGUUUAUUCAUAGCAUUUUUGUUUGAGUUCUAACCAUGUAAUGUCUUUAUCAAACUUUACAUCUAAGGCCUGGUUUUAGUCAGGGCUUAGACUAAGACAGGAUUAGGCCAUAGUUCAAUUAGGACAUUUAAGUAAUUUUUUUUAAACAUGCCUUAGAAAAAAACAUUACUGGUGUGCAUCUUGAGACAAAACAAGGGCACUGAUGUAUUUUAAGAUCAAUCCAUGCAAGUUUCUUUCAGCUGAAACAGCUCAGACUUACAUUUUAGUCUGGGACUAGGCUUAAGCCUGGUCUGUGAAAGCGGGGGUAUAAGUUAGGUGCAGGGUUCUGGAGAUGUUUCAUGUUACAGUAAUUUUGUUUUUGCAGAUGUAUCAGCUUAUGAAAUACUUUUAGAACUAGAAACUAAUUUCUUCAGUCUAUUGUAGAGGUUAAUAUUUUAAUGGAGAAAGGCUCCAUGGUCACACAUGAAGAACUAUAUUGAUCUUUAUUAAAGAUCUUUGUUGAGGUUAAAACUAUUGUAUGUAUAUAUACUAGAUAUAUUAUAUGAGGCUGUUUUGAAGGAAGGAAGUCAAUGUGGUUUAUGUCUGCAGGCUGCUUUAUGAGUGUAAUAUGUAAAAGAAUAUAGGUUAUGUUAAGGUUAUGUUGAAAUAUAGUCAAUAAAAUUUGUUUUUGAAAAUCUUA